AUGAAUCUCGAGCUACUCAGUAAGUCAGCGAAAUCCAUCGCACGUCCAUACCGCCAACGUGGGACGAGCGCACUGAUGCACCACCUACCACCUCCAUCUCCCAGACCCCUUCUCCCAAGCGUUCCCGGAGAACCAUGACUCUGCACUGGAGGCGAUCGCGUUGUGUGCCCGAUUCAACCCACAUGGCGUCUUCGCAGGGCAUUACCUCGCCGUAGGAAGGUUGGACGGCGUCGUGUCCGUGUUGGACUUUGAAACCAAGGGGGUGGUGAGAUGGCUGGAGGGGCAUAUCAAGGCGGUGACGGUCGUAUGGUGAGUGGGCUGGGUCCGGUCAUCGUCGACGCGAGUUCUGCUCGUUUGGCGCGUCGCGGCGCGUGCUGCAUCUAGUGCAUGCAGGAUGCCCAACAGUGGCUUGAACGAGAUAUGGAGCAUUCAGACCGGACUAUGGCGAAUCCAGCAGACUGACUCGCUCUUGUCUUUCCCUUCUCAGCUGGUCUCGCAACUCUCGCUACCUCCUCACCGCCUCUCGGGACUGGAACGUCAUCCUAUGGGAUCUCGCCGCAUCAAGUGCCGAACAGAUUCAGGGCGCAAGAAAACAUACCAUCCGCUUCGACGCGCCCGUUACGAGUGCCGAUCUACAUCCGAGGAAUAGGUCAGUCAUAAGCACCGCACAGCCUUCCGGAACAUGUCGCCUGGGAGUUGACUGUGCAGAAGCGGUGACGUUUGACAGCAAUAUCGUCGUUGUGACACUGUAUUCCCAAGUCGAGCCUGUCUUUGUCGAUUCGAGGAAAUCGUGUGGCGGGAGAUGGCAUCUCGAGACACCUCAGGGCCAGGACAAGGCGGACGAGGAAGAUCCCGAGCAAGAUGAAGAAAUUGACGCCAAGAAGCAGUGAGUGAGAGAAUUUUGAGUCGAGCUGGCGUAGCCAUGACGAUUUGAUGUUCUGAUGUAAUCUUGAUGGUCCUCGCAGGGAUGUUGCUACCGUAGCACGGUUCAAUCCCAAAGGUGACCUAAUCUACGUCGGGACCUCACUGGGCAAUAUCCACGUUUGGGACGUGCAGACAAAGCAGGUGGGUUCUCGUAUCCUGCUCGUCCAUUACCGCGAUACGUGGCGCUCAGUUUGGCUUUGUUGUUGAAAAUUUGUGCAGCACCUGUGGACCGAAUACACUGACGUUCCCUCGUCGAUCAAGCAUAUGGUCUUCAACAAGGAGGGGGAGUGAGUUGCUAGAAAAUGAGAGUGAAAACGUUUCAACGUGCCUGGGCUGAGCGUGCUUGCUCAUAAUGCCCUCAGUGCGAUCGUGCUCAACUCGAACGAUCGAUGUAUCCGUGUCUUCCAUUUGUUAGACGAGCCAUGGGACAGCUCAAUGAAACAAGACGUGGGAGACGGUGCCAGCCCUAUGGAUACUUCAGGCACGAAUGGGGCGACUUCUCUUCCACGACCACCUCGGAUACCUUACUUCCACCUGCAGCACGCUUUCCAAGACCUGGUCGAACGCACACCUUGGAACGGCUGUCGGUUUUCGCAGAGUGGGGAUUACAUCAUAGGAGGUAAGAGGAUCGCGACGCAGCGACUGAUGCAUAGAGUGAGACUGACAUCGCGGCUUCUCUAUUGCCCUCCCAGGUGCCGGCCACAAAGGCGCGCACAACAUCUACAUUUGGGAUUCCGACUCGGGAGGUUUGCUCAAGAUCUUGGAAGGGCCCAAAGAUCCACUCGAAGACGUCGAUGUGAGUUGAUACGACUCGUCAGGCUGAUGUAGGACGAUUGGACUGAGGCGAUUAUUUUGUGCCGGUCUCAGUGGCAUCCACUUCGACCUCUCAUUGCUUCCGUUUCGACUUUGGGCCUCAUUCACCUUUGGACAACGGGUAUCGUCGAGAAUUGGAGCGCUUACGCCCCUGGCUUCGAAGAGUUGGAUGAGAAUCGUGAAUACGAGGAGAAGGAGGAUGAGUUCGAUAUUGCAAGUUGGCCUCUUCUUCCUCCAAUUUUGACUCCUUCUACACUGUGGCUAACGCGCGGUGGGUUUGGCUUCGAUCGAAUAGGAAGACGAGACCGUCGUCAAGAGGAGGAAAGCGGACCAACAGGACCGACCUGUCGACAUUUUCACCUCCCACCGAGAGCAACUCAGCUCUGCCCCCGUCAACCUCGACGACGAAUACGAAGAUUACGUCUCGAUCGAACCCGACGGGGACGCUGAUGAAGGCUUCUAUCCGCCUCUGCAAUUAUUGGACGAAUACCAAGGCGAACCACCCGUUGAGUCACCUUCGGACACGACGGCGUUGGGAAUGGUCGCGGAGGUGGAGGAAGCGGGGAACAUCAGUGAGGAGUUGGGUCUUGUCGAACCUGAACCGGCCGCGGUUGUGGCAGUCACGGCUAGUAAGAAACGCAGUAAGAAGAGGUGA